AUGAAGUCCACGACGGGUCGCACAGUGGCGUCCACAACGAAGUCCACGACGGUCCGCACCAGAGGCUCGCUACCCCGAACACACGCCACGCCAAGAACGACUUUGACAGCCCCAGCUAAUGUUGUGGACCCGCCCCGGAGGGCUAGGGGGCCCACGCCGGCGCAGCGGUCGCUGGAUCACUUUUGUCCGUCGCCAGAACUGAUCCCCAGCCAAACGCCCACGUUCGCGCAGACAGAGAUCGACGAUAUAGACGAUGUCCUUGAGGAACGCGUCUACCACUUGAGCACGGAGCUGUCGCGGGGCAACGCUUCGAGGGACCGGGACCAGCUGGAGGCCAACGAGAUUAGCAACGAGCUGGCGCCAGGACUGGGGCUCGGCGACAUCCGCGACAGCACGGAGAGCGCCAUCCGGAGGACGAGCAAGGCGCGGCGGAGCAAGAAAGGCAGCCGCCAGGCCAAGCACUGCCAGGUGUCGGAGUGGUCGCCCUGGUCCGCCUGCAGCGUGUCUUGCGGUGUGGGAGACGCCACGCGGACCCGCCGCGUCCUGGAGCACCCCCGCCGCGGAGGGCGCCCCUGCCCAGCGCUACAGGAGAGGCGGUGGUGCGGCGGCCACAGUGAGUGCCCGCAGAACUUCUUUAACUGGUGAGGCUCGCCCCGGGCUGGUCGACAGGAAAACACCUCCACCCCCAGCUCACCCGGCGUGGCGGGGACACCACCUUGCACUGCUAAGCAGCCAUCAGCCAUCGGAGCUGAAGACAGUACUUUGUCGAGGAAGGGCAACGUACUCAGGUUGCAGUUUUAUUUUGUUGUGCAAAUAAUAAAGGGGGCUGGUAAACUUUCAAUGGGAUUGCUCAAAAUUUUGAGUGCUCUACAAACGCGCGAUAAGCCAGAGUUGAGAAAAAGCCCUUGAUGUAUGAUAAUGUGUAACAGCCACCAUGUUAGCAUGACACAGUAUAGCUUAUCACUAUGGGACAUUUAAGGAAUGUCAAAUGUUGUUCCUGAUAUAUUGAGGUCAAUGUGUCAAUGUGAAAUGUAAUCAGAUGAUAUGUUGACGUGUCUAGUUAUGCUCCUAUUUUCCAGAUUUUUGAAGAAUUUCUUGUCUUGAUUGAUUUUAUCACUCUAGAUCAGGGUAUUAAAAAUGAUAAAUAGAAUACAAUUUGUAGAAAGAAUAUUAAUCAGUGUUUUUUUGAGUUUAUCAUGUAACAACAAAAUCUACAUUAGAUAGAAUACUUUAGAUCAAUGAACAACGUCACUUCUGUUAAAAUUAAUACUUGUAAUUAAAGAGAAUAAAAGUCUGUAGCUGAAAACAGAA